GUCACUUAGAUUUGUCUCAAGUUAAGCCCGCUGAUUCUGUUCAAGUUAAACCUGCUGAUUCUGUUCAAGUUAAACCUGAAGUUAAACCUGCUAAUUUUGUUAAAGUUAAUUCUGAUUAUUGUUUAUGUGAUAUGUGCUGCAUUAUUGAUUAA